AUGUCACUCAUGCUUUUUGGCGCUGGGCUGGUGGUUCUGAACCUGGUGGCCUCUGCAUGGAGCCAGAAGACAGAACCCCUAGGUGGCUCCGGGGACCAGCCACUGUUCCGUGGAGCUGAUCGAUAUGACUUUGCCAUCAUGAUCCCACCAGGAGGCAUGGAAUGUUUCUGGCAAUUUGCCCACCAGACGGGAUACUUCUAUUUCAGCUAUGAGGUACAGCGGACACUGGGAAUGUCACACGAUCGACAUGUUGCUGCCACAGCACAUACUCCUCAAGGUUUCCUGAUAGACACCUCUGAGGAUGUUCGGGGUCAGAUUAACUUCUAUACCCAAGAGACAGGCUUUUAUCAGCUUUGUCUAAAAAACCAGCAAAACCGUUUUGGUUCUGUGCAAGUGUACCUGAACUUUGGAGUCUUCUAUGAGGGGCCUGAGAUGGAGCAAAAAGAGAAGAAUGAACGAAAACAACUGAAUGAUACUCUGGAUGCAAUUGAGCAGAGUACCCGAAAGGUGCAGAAUAAUAUUUUUCACAUGUGGCGAUACUACAAUUUUGCCCGAAUGAGGAAAACAGCGGACUUUUUCCUUCUCCAGUCAAACUAUACCUAUGUGAACUGGUGGUCAACUGCCCAAAGCCUUAUUAUUGUUCUUUCUGGGAUCCUGCAGCUCUAUUUCUUAAAGCGUCUCUUCAAUGCUCCAACAACUACAGAGACAAAGAAGCCAAGGUGCUAA